AUGGCGCUGGUACCACCGGAGCACAACAAACCGCCCUCGGACACGUGCAGCACAAGAAACUUGACUGAACUACGCCCCGUCUCGACCUCGACCCCUACCUUGGUUGCUGCACCACGCCCAGCAAAGGAAAUCAUGGAGAAACCCACCAACCCGUCAAAAGUGAAGAACCACGCGGACACAAUGGCUCUCCUGGCCCACUCUCUACCGAAGCCCCCAAUCAAAGGACACACAAUUAACACACUCAACCAGAGCUUGCUCGAGUACGUAGAGAGUACCACAGGCCUGCCCCAAGACACCCCCAAUGUUGUCAGGGCAUAUGCUAUCCUCAUCUGCCAAGUCAAAGCCAAAGAACAGUCAGCAGCUUUCUUGGAGGUUUGGAGGGAACGCAUGGAAAAAGGUGCAGCAGCCCCCCUGGCACUCCUCCGCAAGGCAAGCGCAGCGGCACACAACAUCAUGUCAGUGAACAAGGAUGCUAAGAUCGCCCUGGUUGAUGCCACUGCGACCUUCCAGGCGGAACACGAGAAGUUCCAGGCGGCGGCAAAGAUGUUCACAGAGGGUUUCAAGACAGCUGCCCCGACCGAACGCAGUGCACCUGCUCCACACCCUCUCAACUAUGUGGCCGCAGUCAAGACAACACGCCCACCCCAGGAACAAGCCUGA